AUGUCUUCGUUGGGGAGGAUGUUUAGCGUCCUCCGUGGCAGCUCUCAGCUCAUUAGACGCGGUCCACGAAGGAUAAUGACGAGAAAGGCAGGUGGUGGUCCACACAUCGAGCCACAGUACAGGCAAUAUCCUCAACUCACCAAGAAGCAAAAGUUAGAGUCUGAGUUCAUCAGCGGUGCCAUGUGGUUCUGGAUCCUCUGGCACAUGUGGCACGACUCCGAUGCAGUGCUGGGUCAUUUUCCUUGGCCCGAUGCUUCCCAGUGGACAGACGAGGAGCUUGGAAUUCCAGCAGAUGACGAGGAAUAA